AAAAAAAAAAAAAAAAAGGCGUUGUCCGCUCCCUUCUCUUUUUUCUCGGUACUUUCCCCUCCAAUACUUUCUCGCCCAUGAACUCUCCGCGCGAGGAGUCCGAGGAACACCCGCUCGACCCGCUGCGGAGCCUGCUCGACCUGCGCGACCUCCAGCAGGACCUCCAGCAACUCGAGGACAAGUGGUUCAAGCAGGCAAGUCGCCUCACCUCCCACCUGCUCUCCCCGCUGCACGACGCCGCUGCCAAGGGAAACGUCCCAGCCAUGGCGCGCAUGGUCCUGACCGAUGGACAAGACGUGAACUCCAGAGACGCCGUCCAGUCCACGCCGCUGCACUGGUCCUCCGGAUCCGGCUACGCCCGAGCCGUGGCUUGGCUGCUCGAUCACGGUGCAGACAUCAACGCCGUCAACAAACUAGGAGACACUGCGCUUCACAAAGCCGCCUGGCGCUGCCACCAGGAAACCGUCGAGCUCCUCUGCGCCCGCGGCGCGGACUGCUCCGUCGUCAACCGGCACGGCUCCACGGCACUCGACCUCGCUCGCGACGCCGAGACCGCCGCCAUCAUUCGCAACCACUCCCGCCAGGGCGGAGAGGACCUCUCGAACGAGCGCGCGUCCGCUCUCUAAGCCCUGCGACCCCUGCGCCGGGUCCUGCGCAUCGACUCGAGCCGCUUCGGAGUUAAAUCGGCCGGAUCCAGUACGAACUUCAUCCUCUCCGUCAGUCUCACUCCCUCCUCCCGCUCACCCCUCUCAUAGGCCCUCGGGAUCCAAGCGCACAUCUUCAUCCUGUCCGCCAUCUCCCCCGGCAACUGCGUCGCCAGCGCCCUCGCGUCCGCGAAGAACACGCGCGCCGUCAGCGGCACCAGCGCCGAGGCCGCCGCCACCCCGAGCGCCUCCGUCGUCGAAUACCCAGCCACGUCCGCCAGCGCCAACAAGCACUGGACCGGCACGAAAACCAACGUGGGCACGGGCAACCGAGGAAACGGAAUGAACGACCUCGGGUGCAGAAAUAACGCCGCAAACGCCAACGAAACCCCACUCCCAACCGCAAUCGUCGCUCUACUCUUGUACCUCUCCCCCCCCUCCUCCGCCCCCAACAUCUUGCUCCUGUUCAACGCCAACCCACCCACCGCCGCAAACACGUGUCCCACCACGCAGAGCGCCAACAUCCUAGGCACCCCUAUCGCUCGCGCAACAUUUCCACCAAAAAGCAACCAAGACGUCAGCUGCGCCACCGCGAACGCAUACGCCUCCCCACUCGACGAAACCAUCGACGUCACCAACGUGUAAUACCUCCCCUCCUCCAAACUCUCCAAAGAACACGCCCCGUGCCUCCUCAAAAACUCAGUCCCCCUCUCGCACUCCGUGUACUCGAGCACCGCCCACGCCGCCGACACGCACGCCAAUGGAAUCGCCGCGUACGCGAACCACGCAGAAGACCUCGUGUCCAACGCGUAAAUCGGCCCCAGCCGCGCCCAUCUCCCCCUGUCUCCCAGACCUGCUGCGGCUUCCGUCAAACGUCAAACCAAGCGCGCGUCACAUCGCAAAAAAAAAAAAAAAAAAAAACCUACCGCUACAAAACGAGCCGAAAAACGGGGCCCUCCUCUUCCGACUCCCGCCUACGAGCCUCGCACUCACGCAUCCCGCCCCGCGCAACAUAUCUCCGCAAGAGGCCGCCCUCAGCGCCUAAUCUGCCCUCUUCAAAAAAAAAAUUAUAAUAAAAAA